CCGUAUUAUUUUUUGAAGAAAGAGAAAGAAAAAUGGGUUCAUUAUCAAAUAGUGCAUCAAUCAAACUUGAAUUCCCCUCUUCUUUCCUCCUUCCAUUACCUCUCCGAUGAGCAAUCCCAUCUCCUCCACAAAAAGGCCAAAGCACCACCACGAAGAUGCCGCCGACCACCGCCACCAGCCGCUACUCACCGGAAUCCCCGAUCACCUGAGCCAAAUCUGCCUCUCUCUCGUCCCCCCUUCCACACUCUACUCCGUCUGCAGCUCAUGGCGCCGCCUAAUUUGGUCUCCCUCUUUUCCCCCUUUUCUCUCUCUCUACGCCCUACUUCUCCCCGCCGAUAACCUCCACCACCACCUCUCGUCGAAUUCCCUGCAAUUCGCCUCCUUCGAUCCGAUCUCCGCCAAAUGGCAGCCGCUCCCCCCGCCGCCGCCGGAUUGGCAGCUCAGAUUCCUCUUCCGCCACCCCUCCUUCAUCUCGCGGAGGAUCCCCGUCCAAUCCGUCGCCGUCGCCGGCAAGCUCGUCGUCCUCGCCGCCUCCAACGACGACUUCCUCCCCGCCCUAUCGCAGCCGAUGAUUUUCGAUCCGAUCUCCGGAAAUUGGACGCUCGGACCGCCGCUCGCCGCCCCCCGCCGGUGGUGCGCCGCCGGCGCUUCUCGCGGCGCCGUCUACGUCUCCAGCGGCGUCGGAUCUCAAUACAACACCGACGUCGCCAGAUCCGUCGAGAAGUGGGAUGUAGGCUCGCUAAACCACCACCAACCGCCGCUCCGCCGCCGCUGGACUUGGCAGAAGCUGCGAAAUCUCAAAGACGGGAAAUUCAGCCGCGACGCGAUCGACGGCGUGGGAUGGAGGGGGAAAUUGUGCAUGGUGAACGUGAGCGGCGUCGCGGCGAAGGAUGGGAUAAUUUACGACAUCGAGAAGGAUUCGUGGGCGGAGAUGCCGGAGGGGAUGCUGGCGGGGUGGAGGGGGCCGGCGGCGGCGAUGGAUGAGGAAACGAUCUACGUCGUCGACGAAUCAAAAGGCCUCCUCAAAAAAUACGAUCACGCCAAAGACGCGUGGGCCCACCUGGUGGUGGAUGACAGGCUUAAAGGCGUGCACCACCUCGCCGCAGCCGGCGGCAAGGUCUGCGGAUCCGCCGCCGACGGCAGCACCAUUGUGGUGGUGGAUGUGGCGGCGCCGCCUCCUGCCCGGCUGUGGGAGGUGGAUGCGCCGCCUGGAUUCCAAGUCUCGGCGCUCCAUAUAUUGCCUCGAUUGAGCAACAAUGCUACCUAAAAUUUUUUGAUUCAUUUAUUUGAUUUUUUUUAGUUUAAUUUUGGAUUAAUGUUAAAAAAAUGGAUUAUUGUUUAGGUAGAAAGGUGAAUAUUGGUUGUGAGAUUUUUGUUUUGUGAAAGGCAUUUUAAAAGGAUUUGGAA